UGUAGUUUCAUAAAAACUUUGGAAUAACUUUCAAACUUUUUGAAAUAAUCAAAAUUAGCUGGUUUCAUUUUCGUAAACAUGCACAUAAACCCAAUAAUUCGAUCUAUUCUCAACCAUUUCAGAGGUCGCACCAUCAGAAAUUAUCUGGUUGUCUUGCCCGAUCACAGUCGCAUAGAUAAACAGCUAAAGCUGGAGGAUCUGCGAAGUGAACGUGGAGUCUUGGAUCUGCGAUCCCAUGAGCUGGCACUCCAGCAAAAGCGCGUUGAGGCCAAUCUAACCGAUCUGACGCGCUGCAUCAGGGGCAUGGAGUUCGAUGCGAAGGUGCAUUCCAAUCCCGGGAGGAAGGAGAGGAAGCAGGCCCCGCUAAGUGAUAAGAAAUCACCCAAAGUUGGUGAUUUCAGCGAAUAG